AUGCCCAUCGUCACAGAGCUCACCCGCAAGCUGGGCAUCCGAGUCCCCAUUGUCCAGGGUGGCAUGAUGCACAUUGGCACCGCCGACCUCGCCGCCGCCGUCUCCAACGCCGGCGGCCUCGGCAUCAUCACCGCCCUCAUCUUCACCACGCCCGCCGCCCUGCGCGACGAGAUCCGCCGCUGCCGCACCCUCACCAAGAAGCCCUUUGCCGUCAACAUGACGCUGCUCCCCUCCAUGGUGCCGCCCGACUACCCGGCCUAUGCCCAGACCAUCAUCGACGAGGGCAUCCGCAUCGUCGAGACGGCCGGCAACUCGCCAGGCCCCAUCAUCACGCAGCUCAAAAAGGCCGGCAUCACCGUCCUGCACAAGUGCACCAGCAUCCGCCACGCCCUCUCCGCCGUCAAGCUCGGCGUCGACUUCCUCAGCAUCGACGGCUUCGAGUGCGCCGGCCACGUCGGCGAGAGCGACAUUACAAACUUUAUCCUGUUGAGCCGCGCCCGCCAGGAGAUCAAGAUCCCCUUCAUCGCCUCGGGCGGCUUCGCCGACGGCCAGGGCCUCGCCGCCGCGCUGUGCCUCGGCGCCUCGGGCAUCAACAUGGGCACACGCUUCAUGUGCACCGUCGAGGCGCCGCUCCACGAGAACAUCAAGAAGACGAUUGUCAAGUCGGACGAGAACCAGACGGCGCUCGUGCUGCGCCGCUGGCGCAACACCAGCCGCCUCUUCAAGAACAAGGUCACCGAGGAGGCGCUCAAGAUUGAGCGCACCAGCACCACCGGCGAGUUCAGCGAGGUCGCCCCCUACGUCUCGGGCAAGCGCGGCAAGGAGGUCUUUUCCAACGGCGACCCGGAGCACGGCGUCUGGACCACCGGCCAGGUCAUGGGCCUGAUUCACGACAUUCCCACCUGCGACGUCCUCGUCAAGCGCAUAGAGAAGGAGGCCGAGACGGUCCUCAACGAGCGCGCCGCCCUCGUCGUCCCCGAGUCGAAGCUGUAA